GCAACGUGAGUCCGUUCCCUUCCAGCGGCUGCGCAGGACGAAGCAGAGGCGACAUGGAAGUGAAGGAUGCGAAUGCGGCCCUGCUCAGUAACUAUGAGGUGUACCAGUUACUAACAGAUCUCAAAGAGCAGCGGAAGGAGAGUGGGAAGAACAAACAUAGCGCUGGGCAGCAGAACUUAAACGCCAUCACCUAUGAGACAUUAAAAUACAUAUCAAAAACGCCAUGUAGGAACCAGAGCCCCGAGAUUGUUCAAGAAUUCCUCACAGCAAUGAAAAGCCACAAGCUGACCAAAGCAGAGAAGCUUCAGCUGCUAAACCACAGGCCAAUGACCGCUGUUGAGAUCCAGCUGAUGGUAGAAGAGAGUGAAGAGCGGCUCACGGAGGAGCAGAUUGAAGCCCUUCUGCAUACUGUCACUAGCAUUCUGCCUGCAGGCCCAGAGGAUGAACAGAGUAAAAGCAGCAUCCGAGAUGUGGUGAUGGAGGAAGAAGACCCAGCAUAGAUGCACACAGCUGGCCAGGGUGUUCGUGAAGUUCCAAGUCCCAGCAGCCAUUCCCUGGAUGUUCACAAGACUGUUUAUUUGGUUUUAUUCCCCCCUCCCAAUAUGUCUGAUCUCAGGGUUGGUUGGGAAAAUCACAAAAAUAAGAUAAAAAGAAA